AUGGGGAUUUCUGUCAUUUGGCCGUCUCCUGUUUUAAAUUAUGACAAAAAUAAACUUUCGCCUGAAGCAAUUAUUGAUUUGGAAAUUUCGACGGAAUUGGGUGGACAAGAGUCGUUUAAAGAAUUAAUUAAAUCAGCACAUACAAAGGAUUUGAAGGUUUUGGUUGAUCUGCCUUUAACUGUAGCUUCUGGAAAUGGAAAUUGGGUUAAACAAAAAGAAAUAAAAAAUGGACUUUUGACACCUACUGGUGAUGCUACUCUUUUGAAUUUAAAGAAUCCAGAAAUUCAAGAGCCUCUUUUGGCAUUGGCUCGAAACUUUGCAAAAUUAGGAGUUGAUGCAUUAAAUUUGGCAGAUUAUGGACUUUUAGGAAGAAAUUCGGAAGAUUUAAUAAAUUUUGCAAAUAAAAUUAAUUUGGAUCCGGAAUUGAAAAAUAUUCAUAUCUAUUCCGAAGCUGAAGGAAUUCAAAAUAAUGGAAAUAUUAAUUUAAUUCGUCCACUUUUUGGAAAUGGAGAAAAGAAAGGAUUUAAUUCUUUAUUAACAAAAUUAAAUGAAAAUAUCGAUUCUAUUGACUUGAAAUCAAAAAAUAAUGAAAAUAAUACAAAUGGAAGUGCUCAACAAAUAAUUUGGAAUGUUGGAAAUAUAAAUGCAAAGGGUUAUAGAAUUGAUCAAUUAUUGACUGAUAUUAGUUUGCCUGAUCAACGUCGACAAAUUUCUCAUUUAUUUUCUCUUGUUGAAUUAUUCAUCCCUGGAUCUGUUAGUGUACUUUAUGGAGAAGAAUUGGCUGCAUUAAGUGGAAAAACUGGAAAUAAAAAUCCAAAUCAAAUUGUUUAUCCAUGGGAUAAUUCGAGUACUUACACAAAAGAAAAUCAAUUUUUUGCUGUUCCACAAAUUGUUAAAAAUGGGGAUUAUGAAAGUCAAAUAAAGGAUGAAAAUUCUCCACUUAAAGUAUUUAGUAAAUUGGCUAAAUUACGUCAGCAAUCUGAUUUUGCACUUGGCCAGUUAAUUCACAAUUCUUUGGCUACAAAUUUGGAUUUAUAUUUAAUAAAUCGUUACCCAUCUGGUUCUUCUGGGCAUUAUUCUUUAAUAAUUAAUUGGAGUGGAAAUGGAAAUUCGAUUUCUUUAAAAGAAUUAUUUAAUAAAAUAAACUCUAAAAAAUUUACAAUUUUGGCUUCGACUGACAAAAAUUUUGGAGAAGAAACACAAAAAUUAUUUGAUGGUGGAGAUGAAAUGGCAGAACAAAAAAUUGUUUUUCCAGCAUUUAGUGCUUUGAUUUUGAAGUCGGAUUGAGGGAAAGUUUUUAAAAUAUUUUUUUGAUAAUUUGGUAAUUUUAAAAAUUAAUUGACUCUUCUAGCACGUUGGUAUUGAUGAAUUUUUCUAAUUAAAAAUUUGUCUGAAUUUUGAGGACACUGAAAUUUAUUAUUCGUCAAUAUCAUUUCUUUUCCUUUUAAUUUUAAUAAUUAAUCUAAACUUAUUAAUUUUUAUUAUGUCGCAACAAUAACCAAUAUAUUUUUCAUAGACCUUCGUAAAAACUAAAAUUGUCAUUUUUUUAAUUUGGAAUAAAUUGUUUUGGGAAUAUUUUUUAUUUCUACAUAUUUU